AUGUCAUUUCGUAGACCCCGACCCCCCAAUCUAACAACUCAUAGAUUAUCUACAGAUAAAGAACUUGAGCUGGAACAAAUUAACCAAGAACUCCAAGAGAUAUUACAAUCAGAGGUAGACAUCAACAAAUCGAAUGAAAAAUAUAUCAAGGAUCUGGAGUGUAAAUAUAUCAGAUGUGAGAAAGAAAUCCAAUCUCUCAAGAAAGAACUGGAACAGCUUGAAAAUGUUUCAGAGGAAGAAAAGGCAGAGUUGAGAUCGGAAAUAUCAUCCCUUAAAAAAAGCUUAUAUCAAGCUAAAAAGGAAAUCCGAGAUAAGGUAUCCUAUAUCGAUAUUAUAGAGAAGCAAUUACAAGAAUCGGAAGAGCGGGUUCAAAAUUUGAGAUAUAGAUUCAAAGUUAUUUCUUCCCGGAGAAGCUCUCCAACUUUAUAUAAUUCAGAAGAGGAAGAUAUAGAUAUUAAUAUGGCGAAUCUUGACCUUUUUAUACAAAUCGAACGAGGCUUAAAUCGCAUUAAAAAUCACAUCCAAGGUGGUGGUACUCCAUUAAAUAAUCCUAUCAAUAUUAUAGAAGGCAUUAGAGGUUCCUUAAAUACUGUUCGGCAUAAUUAUCAGUCUGCAUAUCAGGAUAUAGAUGGUGUUAUUGCUCAACGAGAUGACAGAGAUGCUCAAAUAGUCCAGCUACAACAGGAUGUCAAUUUUUAUAGACAACAAAACGCCAACCUUCAGAAUCAAACCAAUCAACUUAUUCAAGCACGAGAUACCUUGCAAAAUCAAACAAAUCAACUUGUUCAGGAGCGAGAUACCUUGCAAAAUCAUGUCAAUCAACUUAUACCAGAACGAAAUACCUUGCGGAAUCGUAUCAAUCAACUUACUAGAUAUCUUAAUAACAGCCGACAAAGAUAUAAUUUGCGAGGGCGUUUGUGGCAAAAUGUUACCUUGGCAUUAGAAGAACAAUCCAAACUCAGGCGUUCUCUCGAAAUUAUUUAUAAGAUAUCUAUUCAUCGGCUAAGAGCUACAACAAUGCCGAGCUGA